GAGGAACGAUAAUCAAGGAACAGGGACUUGUAUAUAAAUAUGUCAGAGACCGUAGUGACUCCAUCAGUUGCUCGGAGUCUUGAAGGCCAUCAACUGACCAGUGGGUCCUGUAGUCGACAGAGGCGAGCUAAUCACGUGGUUCUGGGGUCAGUGCUGAAGUGACAAGGACGAGGGCGUUGGAGUUUUGGAUUCCUCAACAUGUUGACCCUCAGCGUGUUUGUGGUCCUGAUGGCGUCCGCCAGUGUGACGUCACAGACGACGGUCAAAGACGUGGACCAGAAGCUGGUGGAGGAGUUGGAAGCGAGGCUGACGCAACUACACGACCGCAUGGCCAAACUGAGCCGAUACACCAUGAUGCAGCAGUUCUCGGCCGAGGAAAGGUCAAGGCGAGCUUGUAGCCGUGAUGAACGGUGUGUCUUUCAGCACCCAACAUAACGACUAUCGCCUGGUGAUGGCAUCGACAAACUCUACAGACUACCACGCCGUGGAGGACAUACCUUUCCCGGAGGUGCCCAAAGAGGUCACGGACAAGCUGACAGUUCCGGCGAGCCCCAAUACGCACGUUGGAACUACAGAACGCUGUGCUCCCCGCUUAAGGAAGAUGUUGCAUUGGGAGACUUGAGACCGGUGGACGAACUGAGUUACCGGGUAGCCACAGGCAACUCGCGAGUCUUCAUCUCGAACGACCGCAGAGGAAGAUUUGUUUUCUUUGAGAAGGGCGUCAAAUCGUUUUGUGCAGUCCUGAAUCCUGAAGACGUAAAAGAAUGGACGUACCUGGACUUGAGAGAAAAAUGUUUUAAUGUGACCUACUCUUAGACUCUUAGUGCGUGACAUGUAUAACUACAGUCUAGUAUCAUCAGACUACGUCCUUCACCUUGGGAAAGCUUUUGAAAAAAGGAGCUCAAAUUCUUUGCUCCAUUGGACAGCAGUAAAACAUAAAAAAAGAUAAUUAUUAUUAUUAUCAUCAUGAUUAUUAUCAAUGUUAUAAUCAACACUUUUGUCAUCGUUGACGUUGUUUAGUCGUUAUUUUUUUGCUAUUUCUGACACUCUUUAUUGUAGAUGACGAUGAUGAUGAUCGUGAUUUUGAUAAUGAUGAUGAUGAUGAUGAUAACGAUGAUGAUAAUGACGAUGCUGAUGACGAUGGGAAAUAAACUCCUUCCUUUAUUCUCUGA